AUGUCAGAUUCUGUUUUUCCUUUUCUCUCUAGUAAUCAUCCCACCGCUGGCAUAUGCUUUGAAUGUAUGAAUGAAAACUCUAUUUACACGGUGAAACAAGAAGAACUUCUCUAUGUCGACGAUUAUUUAUUCGAUCCGAAUAUAAAUAUAUCGACAAUGUUAGAACAGUAUGAUAUAUCAAGAUUUGGAGAUAAUCGAAAAGAGAAGAAACAAUUGGAGAAGAGAGAUUUGCAGUGCGUUGUUUGUGGAGCUCGUGCUUUCGGGUAUAAUUUCGAUCAAAUUACAUGUGAAAGCUGCAAAGCUUUUUUCCGACGAAAUGCUUUGCGAAAUAUUAAAGAAAUUCGUUGUCGGUUCAAUGGGAAUUGCCAAAUCACUGCUGAGAAUCGUCGACAUUGUGCUGGAUGUCGCAUAAGAAAGUGUUUUGCCGUUGGUAUGAGAAAGGAAUGGAUACGAAGUGAAGAAGAGAAAACUAUCAAACGACUUCGAUUAGAUAUGACUCGAAGGGCGAAACAUAAUAAAGUAACAAUUGAUAGACACCCGAGUGAUUUUCAAUCAAUUAGUCUCUUAAACUCAACACAUCGCACUCAUCUAAACAAUUUAGCUCACUGUUACGAUCAAUAUGUCAGUGAACCGACGAUAUCUGGUUACACUCCACCGAACGAACUUCUUUGCUUACGAUUACACGACUUUUAUAAUCGAAAACGACCGGUGAUUGUCAAUUUUAUCAACUAUUUUAAGCAUCUUCCUGAAUUCCAACAGGUCAAUAUCGACGAUCAGGUUCUGUUAAUAAAACAAAAUGCUCAUGCACUUCUACCGAUUAACUACGCUCUACUAAAAACACCAAGCCAUUCGAAAUUUCGUUAUACAUAUGUACAAACAAUUGGCUGUAUAAAUCAAAUCAAUUUACACACGAUUUAUCAAUUUUUAUCCAAUAGUUUUGUUUCAUUUGUCGUCUCUGAUCCGUUAGUGAUUAAAUUAUUCACAGUGAUUCUAUUUUUUACUACAAAUACACAAACGACAAACAUCGACACAAGUGAAUACAAACAGUUGGACUAUAUCAAACGUAUUCAAACGAAUUACGUCGAAUUAUUGUGGUUAUAUAUGGUGGAAAAGUUCGGCGAAAACCAGGCGAGAAAUUUAUAUAUGAAUAUGAUUGUAAAAUACUUACACUUGCAAGACAUGAUUGAACAAAUUAAUACGAUUAUACGAUUAAAUGAUGAUGUACAAUUUCUUGAUGGAUUGUUGAAAACAAUUUUACAAUUGACUUGA